AACCAAAUGUCAGGUGAGUUCAGAAGCCAGACACAGGUGAACAACCAACGAUGACCAUUGCUCUUGCUCACCUGACCACAUGCUGAUGUUGCUAUAAAUACUCCCAGCAUCAGGUCUCAUCUUCACAGGCAUCGCCAAAGAGCAAAACAUCUCUAAUACCCCCAAGCAAAUACACGCACUAAUAGCCAUGGCUCGUAGCGGACCUGGUUGCCGUCUUCUCGUCCUGCUCCUAGCCUUGACUGCCUUCAAUGGCAGCUUUGCAGCUAGACAUCUUUUGGACACAUCAGCUGCACCACAGGCCGCACCUGCUCAGCCAUCCAUUCCAGCAGUUCCAACCAAACUGCCUCCAGUGCCUUCCAUACCAAUAGUUCCAACCACGCUGACGCUGCCUCCAAUGCCUUCCAUUCCGGCGGUCCCAACGACAGCAAUCCCACCAAUUCCGUCCAUUCCUAUUCCAAAGUCAGCCCUGCCACCAACAGCUGCUGGUGCAAUCCCAUCUCUCCCAAACCCGGUGAUUCCAACCACCGUACCAGCUAUUCCUAAAGUCCAGGUUACCCUGCCACCAAUGCCCUCAAUCCCCACUACUGUGCCAUCCAUUCCAACUAUGAUUCCAACAACAAUCCCAACCAUUCCCGGACUCCAGGUGCCUCCACUCACUGCCCCAUCCCCACAAACCACCAGCCCUUGAAGUUCGUUGUAGCAAGAGACUUUUCCUACUUUCUGUUAGUCAGGAGUUUGAUUCAUUGUGUAUUGUCAUUUUCAGUGUGUACUUCAUGUUUGUUCUGCUAUUUGGGUGAUCCUGGCUAGCAUGUGGUGUGAUUCCGAAUGCAGCCAGUCUAUUGUACCAGUUUGUCUUGCUGUUAAUAAAGUAUUUCUUGGUCUUUAUUAUA